AAAACACCAACAGCAACAUACUUUCUUCUCCUUGAAAUUUUGGUUUUUUUAGAGAGAGAAGAGAGAAGGGGAUUAAAUUAAUCUAUACGUACAGGAUUCGAAUGUAUGUGAUUCCUACAUCGUAAUUCUCGAUUAGAGUUAGGUUUCGGCAUGGCGGCGACGGCGAUUCCGCCACCGGUGAUGCAGGCGCAGCCGGCUGUGAUGGCGGCUGCUCCGGCGGUGAUCCCCGGAGCGGUUCCAGGCGCAUUGUUCCCUAACUCGUCGCUCUACGUCGGCGAUCUGGACGCGGCGGUGGACGAGAGCAAGCUCUACGAUCUGUUCAGUCAGGUGGCGCCGGUCGCCUCCGUCAGGAUUUGCAGGGAUCUGACGCGCCGCUCCUCGCUCGGAUACGCCUAUGUCAAUUUCAACACUCCAAUUGACGCUUCUAAUGCGAGAGAUGCUUUGAAUUUCACUUAUGUCAAUGGAAAGCCUAUUAGGAUUAUGUUCUCUCACAGAGACCCUAGCCUCCGGAAAAGUGGAUAUGCUAACCUGUUCAUCAAGAAUUUGGAUCAAGCAAUCGACACAAAGGCUCUGUAUGACACCUUCUCUGCCUUCGGAACCGUGCUCUCUUGCAAGGUAGCUGUUGAUCACAAUGAGCAUUCAAAGGGCUAUGGAUUCGUGCAGUUUGAUAAGGAGGAAGCUGCGCAAAACGCCAUCAAACGGCUGAAUGGCAUGUUGCUAAAUGACAAGAAAGUCUACGUGGGCACUUUUGUUCGCCGACAGGAAAGGAACAGAGGGAAAGGAUCGCCAAAAUUCACAAACGUCUACGUGAAAAACUUGGCCGAAAGUGCCUCGGAUGAGAGCCUCAGGAAGAUGUUUGAUAAGUUUGGAAACAUCACUAGCGCCGUUAUUAUGAAGGAUGGAAAUGGGAAGUCGAAAUGCUUUGGCUUUGUGAAUUUUGAGAGCCCCGAUUCUGCGGCUGCUGCAGUUGAUAAUCUGAACGGAUCCUCCUUAGAUGAUAAGGUGUUGUAUGUUGGGAGGGCUGAGAAGAAGGCUGAUAGAGAGGCAGAGCUCAAAUCCCAGUUUGAACAAGAGAGGAAUAGUAGGUUCGAGAAACUAAAGGGCGCCAACCUUUACUUGAAGAAUCUUGAUGACAGCAUGAAUGACGAUAAGCUGAAGGAAUUAUUCUCAGAAUUUGGAACCAUUACAUCGUGCAAGCUCAUGCGUGAUUCAAAUGGAGUGAGCAAGGGUUCGGGUUUUGUGGCAUUUUCCAGUCCUGAAGAAGCCACCAAAGCUUUGAAUGAAAUGAAUGGGAAGAUUAUAGGGAGAAAACCUUUAUAUGUUGCAGUGGCUCAACGAAAAGAUGAAAGGAAAGCUUGGUUGCAGGCACAUUUUGCUCAGACGCGCUCCUCAGGUAGCAUGUCUCCACUUAUGCCGGGAUUCCACUCUGGCUCGCCAAGGCUUGCUCACCAGCAGGUUUAUUUUGGUCAAGUGGGUCCCGGGCUCAUUCCUCAGGCUCCCGGAUACGGAUUCCAGCAGCAGCACUUGCCCACUCUACAGCCGGGAGUCCCUUCGAAUUUCGUCUUGCCAUUUCAACUCCAGCAGCAAACUCAGCCUGGCCCGCGGCCAGGCCCCAGGAGAGGGGCAAAUCCUCCACAGCCACAGCAACAGAUAUACUCAAGUCAAGGUUUCAGCAGAUACAUGCCGAAUGCCCGAAACGGUGUCAACCCAUCGAUGGUUCCUCAAGGCCUAAUGGGACCAAUCAUGCCAUUACCACUUGAUGCAUCAUCUGCAGCGCCAGGAGGAGCUUCUCUAGACGUCCCGAUCUCGCUGCCAUUGUCUCGAUCAACGCUUGCCUCAGCCUUGGCUUCCGCUUCACCAGAAAACCAGCGCUUGAUGCUCGGCGAACAUCUCUACCCUCUGGUCGAGCGCCUUGAGUGCAUCCACGCGGGUAAAGUCACCGGCAUGCUGCUGGAGAUGGACCAAACUGAGGUGCUUCACCUGAUAGAAUCGCCGGACGCUCUCAAAAAGAAGGUCGUCGAGGCGAUGAAUGUGCUCCGUUUAGCAUCGGGGGGCUCCGGCGAUCAACUUGGCUCCUUGUCUUAAAUCAAUAAGCAAAACACCAAAACACACCCCUUUUUGCCUCGGCCUUGUUAAAGGUCUUUUUUUAUUUAUUCACUCUAGAAUAGAUAUAGGGAACUCAAUUUUUUUGCUGCAGCUUAACAAGCCUUAAUCCCCUUCUCUAGAAUAGAUAUUCAAUUUUGUUUUUUUUGGCCAGGGCUUGUUGAGGGUAAUUUAUCUUCUAUAUAUUUGAACUCCAAAAAUGGUUUAAAAUAAACAAAUAAUAGCAAACUGAUGAGUACUAAUAGCGUGAGAGCUUUAGUUGGAUGUUUAACGUGUUGAAUGUGAAUGAUGAAUGCAUUUUCAGAGGAAAUCAGGAUGGAUGUCUUCCUCUACUCUUUCAUCAUUCAUCCACAACUCUAAGAGAUGAUCAUCCUCUCUCUUUGAGUUCCGACAGUCGUCGUCCCCGUCUUCUGCAGUUAUGAAACUACUCCACUUCGAAACCGUGUCCUUGCCUGCUGCUAUGUUUCGAUGCGCUGGUUUCUCUCGAAUUUGUGUCAUGAAACUGUUCCUU